UUUUGACAUUCACAGCGACGACAAUUUGAAAUUUUCAACAUUUUCAAUAAACAAAUAUUUGCUUGUAAAAACACAACAUGAAAGUUACGCCAAAGAAAACACAGCGUAGUGCUAGCGGCGACUCAGAUGCACCUUUGCCCAUGCUGCAAAUGGACGAUGAUGUGGAGUCUGAGUUACCCAUAAGAGGGCGGCCAUCCAAAAAAUUGCUCUUACAAAAGCAACAACAGCGCUCCCAGUUCAAUGUGAAGUUACAAACGGAGACGAAGUCAGCGAAUGCAGCGACAGCUUCACGAGAAGUGACGGGAAGCGGAUCAGGACGCAGUAAGGCCAAGCGUUCGCUUUACAAAAAGCAUGGCGGCGGCUCCAACAGCAGUAACUCAUCACAGAAGGGACAUAGCGAAUCGUAUGUGAUGCGAUUGUUUGAGCGCAGUUUGGAUUUGUCCAAGUACAAAGAAAUGACACCACUGUAUCCCAUUUGUCGUGCCUGGAUGGCCAACCAGCCAAGAAAUCCGAACGUAGCAAUGUUCAAUACAGAUGGCAGCCUUCCCAGUGUUAAACGUGAGGAUAACGCCGAUGAAGUGCUGGCCAAGUUGCUAAGCGGUGAACUUAAAGUGCUAAAGCAGCUGCCGCAGCCACGUAAGACAGAGCUGCCACUGAUACCGCCACGCCUCUCAAUCGCAGAAGACAGCAGCCUAAAGGACGCGGACAAGGAUAAGCUGCUGGCGGAAAAUAUGAGUCGCUGGAAGCAGAUGCGAAGCCAUUGGAUAAAGCAUACGCAAGCAUAUGAGCGGGAGCGCUACGAAGUUAUUGACCAGAUUAUGGAUGCAGUUUGCAAACGGGAAUAAUAAUAAAA